ACAUCCGGCGGCGCUGGGAGGGGAGCGGGGCGGCGGCGGCGCCGGGAGCGAAGCGGGGCCGGGACGGGCCGGGGCGGAGGCAGCGGAGCAGCUCGGGGCCGGCAGCGGAGCCCUCGGAACCCGCCACCCUUCCCUCAGCGCGCAGACCUCCAGUGAAAAGGCGCAGCCAUGAAAGAUCCAAGUCGCAGCAGUACCAGCCCAAGCAUCAUCAAUGAAGAUGUGAUCAUAAAUGGUCACUCCCAUGAAGAUGACAAUCCCUUUGCGGAGUACAUGUGGAUGGAGAAUGAAGAGGAGUUCAACAGGCAGAUUGAAGAGGAGUUGUGGGAAGAAGAAUUUAUUGAGCGCUGCUUCCAGGAGAUGCUGGAAGAAGAGGAGGAGCACGAGUGGUUUAUUCCAGCCCGUGAUCUCCCACAAACAAUGGAUCAAAUCCAGGACCAGUUCAACGACCUUGUUAUCAGUGACAGCUCAUCACUGGAGGAUCUGGUGGUCAAGAGUAAUCUGAAUCCAAACGCAAAGGAGUUUGUUCCUGGGGUGAAGUACUUAAAUAUUUGAGUAGACUGGGCCCUCUCUUGGUGGAUGUAGCACAAUUUCCACACUGUGAAGCCAGUAUUAGAAGAUUUAAUUGUAAAAGCUCUCUCUUCUUGUCACUGUGUUACACUUAUGCAUUGCCAAAGUUUUGUUAGUCUUGCAUGCUCAAUUAAAGUGCUGAGACUGUUACUAAGUAAAUCUGUCAAAAGUUUAAUGGAAACCUAAUUGGAUCCUGGCUCUGGAGAGGGGGACAGUGAGGUAAGAAAGCACCAGUCAAGUUGAGACAAAAGUACCACGUUAAUAAAAACCUUCUGUAGACUCUGUCUUUUUAAACAGGACUCUGGAAUUUGCUAAGGAUGGUCUGUUUUUAAACUAAAGAUGUGUUAACUGGUGCUAGUUUGCACCUGAUCAUGCCUUAAGCGAAAGGAUCUCUGAUUGUUAUGCAAAUUAGCUAACUUCCCCUUGGAAUACCAGUAUUGUUACUGAUGUUAAUUUUCCCCCUUCCAAAACUUCAUGCUCCUUUUGAGCAGCGUGAGCUUGAACAGAAACGUUACAGACCUGAGCAGAGUCGUAGAUCUCAGCUACUGAACUAACAUCCCAGCAGGAAGGACUUCCCUGUAUACCUUUGCAGUGUGAGAUCAUGUUUAGAAAGGUGUCACUUCUUAAUCAGGUCACAGGAGAUGGGAGUUUUCAUCACCAUUUCUUCCAGGAACCCCGAGGGUACAUAGUGCUGCCUAUGUAACUUUUAGCAUACAACUUUAUCAUAGCUGGAUUUAACUGAGGAAACCCUAGCGUUAGUGAUUUGAGUGGUGCUUUUCCCUUGCUUUGUUUAAUCAUCACUACACAAUAGUCUACAGCACAACGACUUUUGUUUUUUUGGUUUUGUUUUGGGUUGUGUUUUUUUUUCCUUUGUUUUGGUUUAUUAUUAUUUUUUGUUUCUUUUAAUAAAAGCUAGAACAGUUUUGGCUUCUUAAACUUCAUAUUCGGGUAGGUUAAGCUGCCAUACGUGUUCAGUGUGAAUAGUGUUUAAGUUGAAAAUAUUGUAAAAAAAUUAUAUUUUUUCAAAAAUAUUUAAAAAAAUAAAUAAGAGUAGAACUGA